AUGACAGCCGCUCUGACAGAUCUCAAUGUUAUAACAAACCUCGCCAUAGGUUUGAAUACACCAUCGUUGUCUCCAAAUUCCCCAGCAGUAACGGCACCAGCACCAAUAGCCAUAACCGACCCGAUGCCUGCAGCUGAAUCGGAAGUUACAGCAACAGAUAGAGAUUUCUCUUAUGCUCUCUGUCCAUCGGGUAUAGGAAGUCGACAGGAACGUGUAGAUCACAAUAAUGAUGGAAGUCCUCUUCCGGAACAUGGAGAUGAACCAAUCGGUGAGUUGCGUGGGUCUGUAUUCUCGCGAGUGCUUCGAUUUCUGAAACGUGCAGUGUCUUGUGAUUGCUGUCACGGCCACGACCAAGAGGAAGGAGAAGAAGGAUACCCUUAUUCAUUCCAUCUCUACCAUCUUGAGCAUCACCUCCAACACUCUACGGAUGAUAGCGCAGGAUCCUUUGUUAUUAUUAAUUAA